AUGGCGCGCGGAGGGCUCACCGGAAGUGAGGUUCGCGCGCCCCCUCCCGCCAGCGACCCAGGAGGCGCCCCCGCCCGCGGCCUUCGGGAGCGCGCCCCCGCGCCUGCGCACAGGCCCCGCCCAGAGCGCCGCGCCCCGCCCACCAGAAGCCGCCGGGAGGGGCCGGAGAGACCCCAGGGUCCGCCAGCAACCCUGAGCCCCGCAGCCACCGCCCCGGCCUCCGCGAGUCCCCGACCCCCACUGCUACGCAUCCCCGAGUCUGCCCGCUCCCACGCGCUCCCCGCGUCCCCUGACGCCCCCCUUCCCCUGCCGUGCCCCGUGUCCUCGGCCCCGACUGCCUGGACCACCCGCCAGGCCCCCGCGGCCCUGGAGUCCUCCGGAGGCUCGCCCACCCCGCGAACCCGCCUUGCGCCCCCGGCGUCCCCACGCGCCCUUCUCCCCCCCCCACCCCCGCCCCGACUCCCCCGGCGGAUCGCCUGGGCGGGACGUGGAGCAAGGGGACCGGGGUUGCGGAGGCCAGCCGCAUCGCCCUCCCCCACCCCGAGCUCCUGCCCGCGGGCGCACUGGGGCGCUCAGGGGCUUGGCCCUUACCUCAUUGAGACACAUACUGGGGUCAUGGGGGUCAACCGAGGCUUCGAGACUUGCGGAGACCCGAGGGGCUACACAGGGCAGCCCGGCGCGGAGGGCCAGGCGCUUCUCUCUCCGACGCCCUGGACCCUGGGCCCAUUUCCGGGGACCCAACGGCCAAGACUCAGUAACAACAGAAACGUGCCUGCCGUGGGUGAGCACGGGCGGCACGAGCGACUGUUACGAGGUGGGGCCUACCGGCAGAGCGCGCGGGCGCGGAGCGCGGUGAUACCGGCAGGCGGGGGCCGGGCCUAUAGGCGCCGAGCCGGGCGGGCGGUCGGCCGCCGGGUCUCCACCCUCGACCUGAGCCGACCAGUCCUGAGCGCCCCUUUCCAGGCUCCGCCCACCGUGGGCCACGCCCGAGGCCCGGGAUUCGCCCGCCAGCCCACCAGGCCCCGCCCGCCGUGCCCGGCGCGGCUCAGGCCCCGCCCACGAGUCGUGGCCCCGCCCCGCCCCCCUCCAGCCCGCUGCCCGCCGUUGCGGCCUGUGGGUCCGAGUCCCGAGCCCGGUGGCUGCGUUCCCGGCGCGGAGCGGCAGGUUCGAGUCCUCGGCCCAGGAGCCCGCGGCCGUCCCGGUGCGCGCGCGGCGAAUCUGCCGCUGCGAAUCGGCGGGUGCGGCGGCGGCGGCGGCCUCGCGAGAGUCUGA